ACGGGUAAUCAGACGCCCUGGUGUGCUGGGCUGACACUUGGGGGACAGUGGCCACUGCUCUUGUGAUUGUGGAACAGAGACGGCUGCAGGAAGUACCCAGUUCAAUUGGAGAAUUAAAACGACACCUACACAGAGCCAUUCUUUGACUUUUCUUCUUCAGGACUCAUGUUUUCACAUCUUUCCUUUGACUGUGUCCUGCUGUUGCUGCUACUACUUACAAGGUUUUUGGAAGGGGAAUACACAGCUGAGGUGGGUCAGAAUGCUUAUCUGCCCUGCACCUACUCUCCACCCACCUCUGAGGAUCUCGUGCCUGUGUGCUGGGGCAAGGCAUCCUGUCCUGUGUUUGAAUGUCACAGUCUGGUGGUCAGCACCGACGGAAGGAACUUGAAAUAUCAGAUAUCCAGCAGAUAUCAGCUAAAGGGGCAUUUAUACAAAGGAGACGUGUCCUUGAUCAUAGAGAAUGUGACUUUAGCCGACAGUGGGACCUAUUGCUGUCGGAUCCAAUUCCCAGGCCCAAUGAAUGAUAAAAAAUCAAACCUGGAGUUGGUCAUCAAACCAGCCAAGGUCACCACUGCUCGGAGUCCCUGGAGAGACUUCACUGCAGCCUUUCCAAGGAUGCUCACCACCAAGGGACAUGGCUCAGAGACACAGACACUGGAGACCUGCCAUGAUAAAAAUCAAACACAAAUACCCACAUUGGCUAAUGAGUUACAAGACUCCGGCGCCACCACCAGAAUGGGCGUCUACAUCGGAGCAGGGGUCUCUGCUGGGCUGGCUCUGGCUCUUAUCUUUGGUGCUUUAAUUCUCAAAUGGUAUUCUCAUAGCAAAGAGAAUUUACAGAAUUCAAGCCUCAUCACUUUGGGCAACCCCUCUCCCUUAGGGUUAGAAAAUACAGUAGCAGAGGGGAUGCGCUCGGAGGAAAACAUCUAUACCAUUGAGGAGAACGUAUAUGAAAUGGAGGAUCCGUAUGAGUAUUACUGCUACGUCGACAGUGAGCAGCAAUCCUGACAACCUCUGAGUUGUCACCUUUCAACGCCAUCAGAUCCAACUACUUCAUUUUUGAGCUUGGUCUUGUCUUUGAAAACUAUGAAAUAUGUCAGCUGA